UAAAAGGGAAAACUGAGAGAAAAAAGUAACCAGAAUCAAAAUAAUAAUGAUGAUAAUAAUAAAGGAAUUUUUUAACAGGACACGAUUAAUAUAUCACUGCAAACCAAAUUGUUAUUGCUAGUGUUCUGAUAAAUUAAAUCAAAAGUAAAUCGUAUAAAAGUUCAAGUUUACAGCAGUCAAAAAUCAUUUUUAUGUAAAGUCUAUACGUAUUUACAUGAUUCUUACUCGCAUGGUCACUACUUCACUGGAGCAACCCCCUCCCCUACCCCCCACUUCUAGUUAGUAUGUUUUCUUCUGGUUUUAGUGUAGUUUUUUAAUUUUUCCACGUACAAAGAUCAAAUGCCUAAAAUUAUGGCAAUUCUACUUAAGUACUUCACAACAAAUCUUACAUGUGUUUCAGAAUGUCCGACGAUGUCCGUGAAAUGUUUAUUAUGUCAAGAACUGUACUAGAAAUGAAUGAUUGCUGAUUUUGAAAACCUCAUCAUUACAAUCAUGACGGAAAUCAAAUAUUUGCCGAUAACAAGGAAUAUUCCGACGCAACUUUAUCAUGUAUUCAAGGCCGCUUUAGGCUUUGUAACCUCUCCUAAAAAGAGGAAACAUGGCAGGAUUUGAAUAAUGUAGUCUAAUUUCGUUCUUACUAGCCUUCCAUGUGGCCUUGGCCUUUGAAUAUAGCAACGCUGUUUUUAAACUCUGCAAAUAUAAAAGUUUAACUUGUUAGCUAAAUACUAUGUGCAGAGAAGCUUCGAAAAAAACUCUGAUUAUGUAAUUGGGAUACUAUUAUGAGCAAGAAACAGCUGAAGUUUUGAGAAAUUAAACAAACGAAUGGGUCUCCAGACUGUGAUGAACUGAAAAACAAAUCAUUGAAAAUUGUAUAUGCUAUUUAAUAACCUAUGGCAUGUUUUCUGUUAAUAAGGAAAAAGCAUCUAUUAUGCACUCGAGGAGAUCAUGAAAUGAUCUGUCUCUUUUCUUCAUUUGAUGUGCAAAGAAUUUUUAAUACCACGCCAACUUACGUCAGUUUUUUCUUUUUACUGCAAUAAAAAACCACAAAUUUAUUUCCUUUAAGAACCAGGAGCUAUUUGUUUAAAGCCUGUAGGCGUUUAAUGAGGCUACCAGUUAUCUACGUAGUGGCUUUUCUAAGUAGAAAUUAAUUAAAAUCAAAAGGUUUUGCCCGUCUUGCUUUCAUCCCGGUUUUUUACCUCGUGGUCAUUAUCGUUUUCUCUAUUGGUCAAUUAGUCCUAUUCGUAUCUUUUCGUCUACCCUGUAAAACCUCUUAUUUUUUAAAAGUCGUGCCCUCUUAGAGGUUUCAUACUUUGUUAAACAGUCAAAAUUAAAUCUCUCGACAAGGGCAAAGAGCUUCAGUUUUUUCAAAGGUAUUGUGACGUCAUCUUGACACCAUCUCAAAUGUUUGUCCCAGUCUCCAUAAAUGUCAAGUUUAUGUUCCUGAAAACGACAAAGAAUAGAUAUUUGCAUUUUUAGUAUUCCCAUUGGCAACCACGAACCCUUAUCUUUAAGAAGUUUCCAUUUUAUUAUAAGUUCAGGUAGAUCAAACAUCAUUCUUUUCUUGUGUAGUUUGAUAUGCUCUUAUUUAAAUAACGAAAACACUAACAGCAGUGGCGGCGCCAGGGGGUGGUAUGGGGGAUAAUUACCCCCCCCCCACUUUUUCGAAACAUGGUCUACAUAUUUCGUUUAAAAACGGGUUAAAAAGCACUAGGUAGGGGUAGAUCAUAUUUCCUAAGGAAAUUUGCACUGAAACGAGGCGAUUAGGGCGUGGUCUCACUGGCUACGCCCAUUACCCUCCCACUCGGCAGUAGCUGGCGCCGCCACUGACUAACAGUAUAGCAAAAUUAGCCAAUUGCCAAAAUUUUGGUAGGGAUAGCGUGAGUCGAAGCCGAUGCCAUUUUAUCUUUUACUGAAUGUUUCAGUUAAGAAACUUUGUUUAGAAAAGCGUUUUCUGUUUCUUGGAUUAUGUCUUUUCAUCGGAAUUCUAAAGGAAAAUAUGUGAUUGAAAAUUUGGUAACUGAAAGCAAGGAUUUCAGUAAUCACACCAAGUCUAUAGCUGUAAUCUAUUUAUCUGGAAUGCUUGAAAGUUUUGCAUGGUCAAUUCCAUCUUAGCAUUACCGUAUGAAAGCUCUUUUUAUUUAUAAAGGCAAGUGCCAAAAGAACCAUCGUUGAUUUGCAGCUUCUUUAGUGGAAAAUUAUGUCUAAUAAAAGCUCCUUAUGCCUUUGUUCUUGUUAUGGUGUUGAGAAACUUUUAAGGCGCUGAAGUUUAUAUUUUAGAUUUACAUAUCCCGGGUACCAGAGCCUUGUAUGUGUUACGUUUGUGGAUCCGAGCAGAGAGAGACAUAUAAUGAUCAAGACACUUGUACUUUUAAACUCUGAUCCUGAUAUUUAACCUUAGUCCAGUACUCUAACUCUUACUGACUUAUCCCUGGUUAAUGUAGCAUGUAAUGACAUAAAUGACAUGGGUUGUUGACACAUACAAAUAGGACAAUGGCUAUGGAUCAUUACAUAUGCUAUAAAAAAUCAAGAGGCAAGGAGAGGAAGGAAAAUUAUACCUUCUGUUAUAUUUUUGUUUGUGUAAUAAUUUUGUCUCAUUUCAUGAUGAUGAGUGUUUCUUUCUACAGCUUGCUUGUUUGUUUGCUUGUUGUCAACUUAUCUUAAUUCGAUUACGUUCUAGCUUUUUAGAGAAAGAAAUCUAACUUAUCCAAAUCUAGCUUUUGUUGUUCAGCUCUACAAUUUAGGCCAGUGUCCACUGAUUAAUUCUUCCUCUUUAAAAAACGUUUUAUAUCUCACUAAAACAACAUAUAUUGUGAUGUCCCUCCUAUCACAAAGAAAUGCUUUUAUGGCACUAACAUCUACCAUCCAAUCCACAUCUUUUGAAAACCACACCAACAACCUUGCUUUGUUGGAGAAGGGGUGAACAGUCAAUACAGCCAUGCGAUUUUUGUGAACGAUCGCAGGUAUUUCAGUGUAAGGUUGAAGUUUGAUAUACAAGAAAUCGACUAUAGCACCGUACACAAUAUUUAGGGACACACAUAAUUUUGCGGAAGUAAUUUAGAAUAAUUGUCAUGCUUCUGCGAAGGAAAUUCGUAACUCGGAGUUGACGGUCACGUGAUUAUUACAUACAUAACAGGUGCACACAUUAGCAUAAUCAGUUGAGCAAGAUGGUAUCGGAAAGAUGAAUGAAAGAACGGAGAAGUUUCUUAUAGGAUUGUUUGCUCAAAAUAAAUACAAGAAUCCUCUUUUCGCCAUUCAGAGAUGAUUUCCUUCUUAUUUUGAUUGGUGUCUUGUUCCAUAUGAUUGCCAAUAGUUGUCACGGCUUAAUGAGAAUUUGUUUGACUGAGAAUAUAUGCCUAGGCCACAAAAGGACGCUUCCAGUUUCGCUUGAUAGCUUGGACCAGCAGCAGCACAUAUUCUGGCUUAAAAAGACAUAUCUAGUUGUUUGAAGAUGUCUAGAUUAAUUGACUAUCUUAUAGUGGUAGGAAAUAGGCAGCCAGUAUUGGAAUCCACACAAGCUCCAGAGCUUUUGAGAUGUUUCCCGGAACAGCCACACAAGGACUUCCCACUGCCUGUUGAUGUUGUUUUUUUCUGUCAGCCUGAAGGAUGUGUGAGUGCAUCGAAGCGCCUGAGUUUGAAAGAUACGAAUUCUUUCGUGUUUACAUUGACAGAAAAGGAUAGUGGCAUUGUCCGUUAUGGAAUAUGUUGUAAUUUUUUCAGACCUUGUAUUGGACUAAAAUCGUUAGACAGAGAACGCGAUUCUGUGUUUGAUGAUUCUUAUGACUCUAAACCCAGUGGUGAAUCACUGCGACAUUUGGAGUCUUCUGAAAUUAUUGAAGAUGGCAGUUCUUACAAAUCUGUUUCGUGCAGAAGCUUGACAAGUUUAUGCAUUAUAUCAGAACGGCCUUUUUUAUCGACUUUUCGCGAGUGUUUGUUCGUGCUUCGGAAAAUUGUUGAAACAAGGAACUUGGAAACUGUUACAUUGGGAAAGAUAGCAGAGAACUGGGAUGUUGUAACUGAAGGAAACCAUAUGAUGAAAUAUAUACCUAAGCCAAAUUCAAGAAACUGGUCAAUGUUUCUUAACCCAGAAAGCUUUGCAGGCUACGAACAAAUCAAUGAAAUUCGUGAAAUAGAAUUGUGGAUAGACAGGCUGUUAACUGUACCUCCACCUAUUGCUGGGGUAAAUCGAAUCGAAGUAGAACUAUUGCCAAGGCACAUACAACCGCCAUUAACAUUUGCAUUACCAGAAAAGAGCAGGUUUUCAAUGCUAGAUUUUCCUUUGCAUCUACCCUUGGAGCUUUUAGGUGUUGAUACUUGCCUCAAAGUGUUAACAUGCAUCUUACUGGAAAAUAAGGUUCUGCUUCAGUCUGAUGACUAUAAUGCAUUAUCAAUCAGUGUCAUGGCUCUGACAUCAAUGCUAUACCCCCUAGAGUACAUGUUUCCUAUGAUCCCUCUUCUGCCAACAUGCAUGAAGAAUGCAGAACAACUUCUUUUAGCACCAACACCAUACGUUAUAGGGGUGCCAUCAAGUUUUCUUCAUUACAAGACACAGUAUUUCCAGAUCCCAACAGAUGUUUUAAUAGUUGACUUAGAUACGUCAAAGAUGGGCGUUCCACUAAGCAUGGAUGAAAUUCCCCAACUUCCUGAACCAGAAGGAUCAAUUUUACGAGAGCAACUUAAGCAGUGUCUCGACUGCUUAAGCUUGUACCCGCACAGUAUGCACGACUUAGGCGUGUUUGCUGACAACGAAUCAAUCGGCUCCCACCGAACUUCAACUUCGGGCUCAAAGCUCAGCGAAAUAAUUUAUGGCAAUGACAUCGACUCGGUUGACGUCGCUAUUCGAGCCUCGCUCGUUAAAUUCUUCACAUCGCCAAACGUAAUUGGUGAAUUUGCACAGCAUUGUAGGAUAUUGCGCCUGUAUUCGAGGCCAGUUGUCGCAUUUCAAAAGGAUACGUUUGUGUAUUCGAGGCCAACAUCGUCAGAACUCUUACCAGCACUAGCAGAUACUCAGGCUGCAGAAUAUUAUGCCGAGUGGCUCGUUAACCCAACAAACACAGUUUAUCGGAAAGUCCAAAGUGGAAUACUAGAUCCAAGAGUGGUUGGCGACAAACCUAGAUGGUACAGUCACUAUCUCGCCCCAGUUUACUACCAAGUUCACAAUCCACACUCCAGUCUAGGCCAUGACCUACUUGAUGAUUCUGAUGAUUCUGGGCCUCUUUUUGACGACGAGGAUGAUUUAUCUGAUAGUGAUAUUUCUCUUGGUGAUGAGGAGUAUAUGCAUUUGCAAAAAGAAAGGACGCUGUCUGUGGACCUUGACUUAACUACGAAGGCGCGAGAGCAAAUUUCAGAACUUUAUGAUUCUUCUUACUCGUCUUUCAACACUCUUGAAAACGGUGAUCACAAUCGAGAGAUCAUUGAUUCGCAGAGAAGUUCCUUGCCAGCCUUGAAUACUCAGUCAAGUGUGUUUCGCUCAAGAGCACAUAGGCAAGAAUGCUGCAGUCCAGGAUCAGAUGAAGGGAAAGUACUGCCGUCAACAGUUCAAUCGAUUUUAGAUCCAGCAAGAAGUAGCGUUGACGAUGCCGACGAGAAAAGUUCACCUUCAGAUGCAGGCGAGCGUGUUUUCAAGAAGAAACCUUUGACACCAAGUAGCAGUAUUGGCCAAAAAGCGAAAGACGUACUUUCAAGGCAGAGCAGCAGUGCAAGUGAGAGACUAAAUGCGUUGAUUGGGCAGAUAAAACCGCGCUUGUCUCAAAAGAGCUCUAUUGAGUCGGAAGUCAGUGUACAAUCGUUUGUUAGCUCUGGAAGUUCAGAAUGCAAUAGUAUGCCAACACCACCGAUGCAACAAAAAGCAUUUUCGUAUCCUUAUCCAUUGUCGGAAAUAGAAGAAGGCAAUUCACUUCGUUUGAGCAUUCCUGAUCGACUGGUAGAUCGUUCUUCAUUUGGUGGUCAGAAAACCAUUAAAGACACCAGAUUUCACAAUGCUGAAAACCAACAGGUUAUCAAUGAUGUUGUUACAAAUGUCUUAAAAGGCGAUGGAGUUGGCUGGUUUAGUCAGAAGAAGUUGCGUAAAUUAUUGGUCCAUGAAAGCUUGAGGCAAUAUCUUUUCAAACAGUUGUAUGAACCCAAGGAGCAAGAUGAAGAAGACGAGGCAGUUAGCGAUAUACACGUUUCGCGUAACACGUAUCGUGGUAUCGUCGAAUUGUUACGGUUCCUCAUUGAAGGUUACGAACACAGCGCAAAGCAAAAAGGCAUUGGUGGCCUUGCCUCGCUUUUCUCGAUGCUUGAAGUGAUGCACACUCAUUAUUGUGGUAAGCGUAUCCAAGAUGGCGGAGUUAAUCCAUCCAAGAAGAAGGACACGAAAAUAAAAGAGAACGGUCAGAAACUUAGAAUGACUUUGUCACUCGAUGCGAAAAGUGAUUCAAGUAUUGUUUAUACCAGAGCUUCGCCAAUUCAAAGUGUUACUGAGCGUGUGUCGUCCAUAUUUGCUGCCAGUAGAGGAGAUUAUAAUGACAACUCGAUAACUAAAAUGAAUGGAGGGCAAAACGGGUCAGUAGAACGAGGCAGUAGUUCGGAUUCCGCGCCUUCUUUAGAUAGUGUAUCACAUAAUCGUGAUUCAUUUGAUGGCGUAUUUGAAGGCCAAAAUGUGGCUAGUCACGACUCAAGACAGCGACGAAGUUCUUCGCAGAGUGGAUCGUUUGACGACGAACGUGCAGGGCAAGGAACAGUUAAGAAACUGCCAUCUCUAAGCCACACGACCCUUUCAUCAAAAACACAGUUAAACUCAAGCAUGUCAGUUGGUGAUUUAUCGGCCACAGAUGUACAAGAGUCGGUAGAUGAGAGGAACCUCGUCUGCAAGAGUAAUCUUUGUGCCGGAUAUCGAUUCAGAGACGGCCGGCUCUACGAAGCAAAGAAAGAGCGAGUUAGCAAAGGAAUCACAGGGACUGGUCGAAGGUUCAUAUUCGAAGGACUUCUCAAUCCGAGAUCAUCAAUUUGGGAUGAUAUGGAUUUUUGGGAGCAUUGUUUUUACGACAGCGUUGCAGCCGAAAGGGAAAUGGUCGGUAUGGACAUAGGGCCUGUGGAAUUGCUGGAAAGGUAUAAAUCUCUUGGAUCAGCUGAACGAAGAUGUCUUGAAGAAGAGGAAGACAAACUCCUUUCGACUGUUCUUCAUAAUAUGAUUGCAUUUAUGGUGACAAUGCAAGUUGACAAAACAAAAAUGAAGCGGAAGAUUAGAAGGCUUCUUGGAAAAUCGCACAUAGGGCUCGUGCACACGCAAUGUAUCAAUGUGUUGCUGGACAAUAUCGAUAAUCUGCAUGGAAAUGAUAUAGAUCUUAGACCUCUGCGAAGCCGAACGAUGAAAAAGCACGUGUUUGUUGUUCAUCUUGGUGAAGAUCAAUCGGGCCCUGUUUUUUUUAUCGAGGUCUGCGAUGACUGCAUGCUGAUAAAGAGCACAAAUGGUGGCAUAGUCGAACGAUGGUGGUAUGAGAAUGUCCUCAACAUGAGCUGCUCACCACGGGCCAAAAUCCUCUGCUUGUGGAUAAAGUCGGGUGAACUAACAAGGCUUGAGAAAAUCUCAACAAAGAAGUGCAAGAGUUUAUACACCUCAAUCAAAGAAAGCAUGGAGAAAACAUCACGAAAAUUCAAGGGUUUGGAACGUGGAAUGGAACUUGGAGGAGAAUUCGAUGUUGUUGACCUGAACUCAAAUAAAGAAGGAUUACUGCGAGUGUCCUUAGAUGGCAUUUCGAUAAUCUUCGUUGACGGCAAGUGUGCUAUCGACAUACGAAAUCUAAAGAAUUGUUCACGAAAGGAAUCAAUUUUAUAUAUACAAGAAUACGUCCCACAUACACACCAAGUUAUUGAGCAUGAAUUAUAUUCUCACAAGGCUGGUGAAAUUUGUUACUCGGUCUUAUGCCUGUUUUCCUACCUGGCUGCUGCGAGCAAUGGAGUAUCGAGUGAACCUAGAGGCAGUGAAGGAGGAAACUCACUGUAAAACUGUGAAUGCCAGGAGAUCUCAGCCUGGUUUUGCAGCCUGACAGUCAAAUGUUAUCAUAAAAGAUUCCAAGGAACAAACAAAUAAGUUUCUACAAAUUUUUGCAUACGAUAGAUCAUCUUAUAAGAGCCCAUGCAUCUUUCGAACCCUCUCAGUUUAUAUAUUUGAUAUUUCCCUUUUGCUAAGAGUGUGAGAAAACUUGAACAUAAAUAACAAAAAAUCUGCAUUUUUCUGAGGUUGCCUUUUAUCAAAAUACUAGGGGGACUUCUGUUCGACUACAUGUAUCCAAAAAGCCGCCCCCCCUAAACUUAAUAACCCUGUGACCGCCCCCCAAACCGUACAAGCCCAUGAAAGUAAUGGUAAAUAUCAGAUGAUAAACCGUAUGUUGUCUGAUUUUUGUUUUGAGUAGAAGCUUUAAUUGUUUCAUCUUGCUUCAACGUUCGUUUUGUCAAAGCAAGAUUUCACAAGAAUUGGCUUUUCCUUGAAAUCUGCAAAAUCAUUGUUUUUUAAAUUGUUAAAUGCCUGUCUUAACGCACCCCAUAGUUUGUUUAUCAUCCACCACCACGUUUGGUGAUGCUUUCAUCCAUCUCAUGUUUUUUCUUAUAGAGCAUGUUUAAAUAUAUAAUUUGCUAUUAGUUCACAGUCAGUAUGUUGUGAGUUUAAUGCUAAAAUAAGAUGUAGCAGCUUAGUGUGAAAAUUAACUUACACGGUUUGGGUAAGUGAGAUCACAGAUAAGACCAAGGUUUUUUCAAAGUCCCAGAAAAGGGUAAUUCUUCCUCUGGACAUGCUCUAGAUCUCUGUAACGUUUCUAAGAAGAACAAUGGAAGAAAGUAGGGUUGGGGCGUGUAACUAUAAUAUUUCCUGGUUUUAUUGGUCUUUCUCGUCGACCUUGCGACUUCCACCUUGUGCCCUGAUUUGUUUGCUAGGGCUAAGAUAUAAUAUUUUGGAAGCUUGUGCUAAAGAUAAUAAAACGCUUUUUGUUUCUGCUUCAAAAUGUGUACAGAUCUUAUCUACCCCCUUUACCCCUGUUGCCUUGUAAUCUCAAUUUAAGGGAAGCUAGGAUCUCCUCGUGUGCAAUCUUAAAAACUCUUUUGUCCGAAUAAACAUUGGAUUAUUUAAACGUACGGGGGUGAGGUGCAUUGCAUAGUCACCCGUCUCACAAAUUUCGAAAAUGUGUGUCUGAAGGCAAAUCCAUGAUAAUAAGCCUCGAGUCCUUUUUAUGAAGAUUUCCAGACUAUCCAAAGAAAAUUUCAGCAACGUUUGGCUAUCUUAACCGAUGCAUCAUUAAUGCGGUUGAUAGUAAAUUCUUCAUAGGAAGUGAUCGAAUUGUACCCCCUACGCCGACUGAUUUCCUUAAUGUUUGUUGUAAUCCUAUGCCAUUUUGUAAAAAUUCUUCACAUCUUGGCAAUCAUCAUGCCAAAAAAUAAUCUUGAAAGAUUUUAGGCCUCUUGCACGCUUGCAAACCUUUACAACAUGUCACGCCUUAUGAUACCGUCUGUUUAUUAAUAGCGCCUCUAAAUAACUAAAUUAUUAUUUCAAAGAUUUUCUUAAUAAUUGGCCGGACCAUAAAUAUUAUCGAAAUAUUCAGUUCAUAAAAAUUAGCUGUUGUGGGGUUUUAUUUUAUUGCGAUGUUUUACGUUAGAGUAUAUUGACAAUUUCAUCUUUAUUUGCUCUUUUAUUUUGUAUUGUAGAUGAAACAGAUUUUGCAAAUAGUCUUCAGCCUGGACUCUUAUCGCUAUUAGACCCCAGCCAACCAAAAAUAUCAGUCAAUUUUUAUAAUUUUGUGAAUUCAUAGAAUAUAAAGAUUAGAUUAUUACAUAUUCGGCUGAUAUGGUAAAAAGAUUUUCUGUUGUUAUGAAAGUAACUUUCAGAAAGUUGUUUUGCAAAUAUCAAAUAUAAUUUAUUGUAAGCUUGACAAUUACACAAAAUGUUGGCUAUAUUAGCGAUGAUAAUUUCUGGUAAUUUCGUUCAUAGAGAUCCUGGUUCUAGAACUCUCAAAUAUACCCUUUACCAACAUCAUUUAUGCAUUUAAGGUUCUAACUCCCAAGAUCGUUCUCUGAACAUUCUACCAAUAGAAUAACGUUUGUUCGAGUCCCUGUCGUCUGCUUUCCCUGUCAUUUGAUCACAGUAUUGCAGAAAUAUACGAGAAAUAUAUUUGUAAAUGAAUCAAGGUUGUGCAAUAACUUUUGAUUCUAGCGUUAAAGAGAUUUAUUUUUGUCACAAUUUAAAGUAAAAUUACUAGUGUGUUUUUAAUUAAGAUUUGUUAACGAAAGGACUUAAAAAACUCGAGCGCUAUUUUCUUCUUGUCUGUCUAGUAAAUUUCUCCCAGCAUUUACA